AUGAAACGUUUUUUAGGCAUUGAGCAUGUCCCCAACACUACCUCUAUCCCACUUAAGGCGACACUUGAUGCUUUGCUUUCAAGACAUGGAUUAAGUAUCGCUAAAUUGUGUGGGCAAGGUUAUGACGGGACUAGUAAUAUACAAGUUGAAAUCGAUGGGCUCAAGAGACUAAUUUUGAGUGAAAAUAAAAGUGCCCAUUAUGUUCAUUGUUUUUCUCAUCAACUUCAACUUACUCUUGUUGCUAUAGCAAAAAAGCACUCGAAGAUUGGUGAUUUCUUUUGUCUAGUAAACAAUGUUGUGAAUGUUGUUGGAAGUUCAUGCAAACGUCUUGAUUUUCUUCAAGAACAACAAGGUGCGGAAGUUAUUGAAGCACUUAAUUUAGGUGAAAUCCCAAGUGGUCGAGGCCUCAAUCAAGAAACUUCUCUAUCUAGGGCAUUUGACACAUAUGUGCUUGAUAUGAUAGAGAAAGAUGGAUUAACUCAUGAACAAAAGUAUGAAGCUUGUCAACUAUCAAAUGCGCUAUACUUAUUUGCUUAUGUGUUUUGCCUACACUUCAUAAGAAUUAUGUUGGGAAUUACCAACAAAUUAUCUCAAGCAUUACAAAAGAUAGAACAAGAUAUUGUGAAUGCGAUGAACUUGGUUAGAGUUUGUAAACAUCAACUACAAGAACUGAGGGCUGACAAUGACAAGUGGGAUUCUCUAUUUAAUCAAGUUACUUUGUUUAGUGAGAAACAUGAUAUUGAUGUUUGUAACAUGGAUGAGAUGUUCUUACUUCCUGGACGGUCAUGCCGAAAUGCUCCAUGA